UGUAGUGGGAGUCUUCUUUCCAUCCCUGAUGUCACAAGUAUCUGAACUAAUGCACUGUUCUUCUUGUUUGGAUUUGCUUUGUAUCUCUGGUGCCUUUUUGAAUCUCAGAAUCUUUUUGAAAGCACUCCUGUGACUCAACGGGGCUCUUGGACAUUCUCUCUAAGUGCAGCCGGUACACCAGAGUGUAGCCAUCAACCUGCCCCCCUGCCACACUCUGCAACAGGACUGAAGCUCAUGUUGUUGUGUUACCUGCUGUGUCCCACAGGUUACUCAGCAAUGCCACCAACUUGCUUCAUUUUCUGUGGAAACUUCUCUUCUGCCCCCUAUUGAAUAAACCAGAUACAAGCUCUUAGAGAUUCACUGAAAGCCCUGGCAGAUCAUUUGUGAAUACCCCAACAUCCAUAAAAGGAGUCGAUUUGUGUUCGUUCCCGGUCCCGAAGAUUCGGGUCCCAGUACAAUCUAAUCCAGGCCCCCGCUGGCAGAGCACAUUACAGAGGAGUUCAGACAGAAGGUGCCGUUCUCUGUGUUCACAACGAAUCCCUGCAGAAUUCAGUAGUGCACCCAAGAAAUGGUCUUGCUCCGGGAGGACUUGGUGAACAAAAUGUGCAGGACCUGUGUGUGUUAUCCAAGCAGCAGUUUAGACAUCCCUAAUCAUUUUGUGAAGAAGAUCCUGUCGCAAGGGCACCUCACCACGCUACCGCUGUACGUCAGUCCAAGGAACUGGGCAUUUGAUUACACCCUGAGGGUCUAUCCACUGCCAGAUGUCAUUGUUUUCGCAGACAAAUACAAUCCUUUCAACAUCACCAACACAGACUUCCCAUGCAUUAACCCUGUGAAGAUGGCAGAUGUUGACGAGGAUGAUAAUCACAUGCAGGUAGAGGAGGAUCCCGAGGAGGAGGAGGAGGAGGAGGAUGAUGAUGAUGAUGAUGUAGAGGAAAUCGACGAGGAAGAACUGAUCGUUAUCGACACUGAACUGGCUUCGGCCCACGAUGAGAGUGUGGAGCUUGUGGCCCCCCCAGAGCGCAGCGGACACGUUGCUGUGGCAGACGGGAAUUGCAUGUAUAUUUGGGGUGGAUACAAGAAUGCACAGGCCACAGGUUUCUAUGACUUCUAUUUGCCAAGAAACGAAAUCUGGAUUUAUAACAUGGAAUCCAGAAGAUGGAAGAAAAGGGCCACCGAAGGAGAUGUCCCCCAGUCCAUGUCGGGCAGCUGUGCUGUGUGUGUGGACGGGGUGCUCUACCUGUUUGGAGGGCAUCACGCCAGAGGAAACACCAACAGGUUGUACAGGCUCCCUCUGAGAUCCACAGACACACUUCACUGGGAGAAGAUGAAAGAAUUGAAAGGGAUGCCACCAACGUCCAAGGACAAGCUCGGCUGCUGGGUUUACAAGAACAAAUUAGUUUUCUUCGGAGGAUAUGGCUACGUUCCACAUGGGACACAUCUUGGAACGUUUGAAUACGAUGUAACGUCCUUUUGGGCAAAUAAUGCUGCUCGAGGUUGGAAUAACCAUAUUCACGUACUGGACCUGGAGACGUGUGCCUGGAGUCAGCCAGUGACAAAGGGGAACCCUCCUUCUCCGAGGGCUGCUCACGCUUGUGCCACGGUUGGAAAUCGGGGUUUUGUGUUUGGUGGCCGAUACAGGGAGUCCCGGCUGAACGACCUGUUCAGCAUUAACAUGGAUACCUGGGAAUGGACUGAAAUGAUCGUACCACACCAGGGCCCCGUGGGGAGGUCGUGGCACUCCCUAAAUCCAGCGUCCCCCGAUCAUCUCUUCCUGUUCGGUGGCUUCACAACAGAUAAGCAGCCGCUGAGUGAUGGCUGGCUUUACUGCAUUAGCAGGAAUGAAUGGAAACCAUUUAAACACAACAAUGCAGACAAGCCCAGGCUCUGGCACACUGCCUGCUCCAGCGAGGAAGGGGAAGUGUUUGUGUUCGGUGGAUGUGCGAACAAUCUGCUGUCUCAUCACCGCGCUGCCCACAGCAAUGAAAUACUCAUCUUUGCUGUUCAACCCAAGUCCCUUGUGAGACUGUGCCUGGAAACAGCGAUCCACUUCAAAGAGAUCCUGGCCGGGUCCUGGGAGUGUCUCCCGAAGCACCUGCUGAGGAGCAUCAGCCAGCGUGUUGGCAGCAGCAGCAACACGUCGGGCUCCUGAAGCCUGCCUGGGACCGCAGGGGCUCACAGUUGGAAGCAAAUACUUAACGUGUGCCUGUGUGCUACUGAGCCAUAGAUUUGUAAUGCGCUCUAUCAUUUUAGUUUUUGCAGGCAGUUGGAACCUGCUUUUUGUUAAAGUUUUUUGCAUGUGAAUGGCAAAUAGAGAAAAUAUUUUUGUGUAGAGUUUGAUUGCUUAUACACGUGUAUAUAAA